ACAUAUUCGAAAAUGAUUUUUGUCCUGCAUAGAAACGCCAGAAUAAAACUGUCUCCGCGAGAUCUGCUGUUCAUUAUCUAAGGCAUUUUUCACAUCCGGUUCAUGAUUUUCUGGUAAAAGUGAAACAAAACCAGAAUCCGGAUACCAAAAAUGGGACAUUUAUUUUCUGGUUGAAUAAAUGGAUUUCGAAAAUCUAGGAUAUAGGAAAAAACGGUAAUUUACUCAAUUUUACUUUUUUGUGCAUGGCCUUGUCGUUAAUUGCGCCUUAGGUAUUGGAAUCGGCGGUGUAUUGUCACACGAUAUAAAAGAAUACUAUAAUACCAUUAGUAUUAUUGACUGAAUAAGAAACUCUAAUAUUAAUAAUAGAGCGACCUUAAGCUGGAAGGAUUGAUAAUCGUUUUCAUAAAUCAAGGCUACGAAACUACUCUCUUCAAACGGCACUAUACAGUAUACUCACCUUUUAAGCAACUCAGUAAUCUAACAAUCCACAAAUUACAAGUGAGAGUUAAGUAAACUCUUGUGACACUGUUUAUACAUAGACGGGACGACAGCAGCUAUGGCAAAUAAAAACAUCGGCGAAUCUCAAAACAAAGUGUACACCAACUUUGUCAAUGAUAAACCCUGGGUCAACCCUGAAGUUCCACCCAAAGCUUCCCAUGUUCCCUCCUACCCUGGGACAAAUGCAGGAGCUCUGUUUGGCUUUGAUGUAAAGCGCAAGAGCUUAAACAAUACCCCGAUUAAGCCGCCAGUAAAAGAAAGUUAUAAGGACAAUACCGCAACGCAAAACGCCAAUACUUAUCCGAUUAACAAAGACGAUAGUGGCGGAAUAAAUAACGCUUCCAAUCAUCAAGAUAAUAAGACUCAAGCAAUAAGGAUAGACAGUGGCGCAUGUACUGCAUUAGAGCGAGGAUUACAUAAUAUACAGUCUAAGGUUGAUGCUGUGGAUAAAAAGGCGGAGGAUUUGGAUGAUAGCUACAAGACUGUUCCGGUGAAAUUUGGAGAAGUACAAUCCAAAAUGGCGUACAAAUCUAGCCAGGUCGAGGAGUUAGAUAGGCGAAAUAAGGUUCAUUCAGCAAAGAUUCACGAAUUAGAAAGGGCACUGAAAAAUGUCAAGAUGGAGAAUGAGACCAUAAGAGGUCGGGCGGGGCCCGGAGGGAGCAUGGGCCCAAUAGCGGAGGACGGAUACCAAAACGGGUAUGGGUCACCGCGAGGAUACCAGCCUGAUCCCUACCAAGAUCGCGACCAACCGCCACAGCCGGCUAAGAUUCAAGAUCGUGAGCCGAUGCAUAAGCCAGACUACAAGAACGACCAGUAUGGCCAUGCCCACCAUGGCGGAGGCGGUCCCGGGGAGGAACCGUACUGGGGAUUUAAUAGAUACUACGACCCUCAGUUCUUGACUGCCUACAGAAGAGAACACGUCCCAUAUCAGACCAAACAAGACGAAAGGGAACAGGAGGAGGAAUGGCGACGAAAAAAGCAGGAGGAAGAAGAGAAAAUCCUUAAGGAUAAGCCUAAAACCUACGACUACACGGCUCCCUACCAAAGCCUGUAUCCACCAAGGGACAUCAACAAAUACUUCCAUGACUCGAAGUAUCUUGAUGAACGACCCGAACCGAAGCCCGACGAGUAUUACUUUAACGAUGAUAUCCCCAUGGCUCCCGCCCAUGGAACCCAGGGGACAACGUACGAACGUGAUUACGAUGACCCAAGGAAGCAGGGCCCGGCUGAGCCUUCCCCUGGUGGCCUUUACAUCAUUCGUUUCCAUGACACCGGCUUCUCUGAAGUGAACCUGUCGCUGAAGGAACAGCAGACGAUCAUCAGAAGUAAUGGUGGAUACGUCCUCGGAAUCUCUAGAAAACACAAUGUGAUCGCUCUUGAGGGUGACGCUGGCUGGCGAUACUCGCGGGACCAGAAUCCCCGACCCCAGGUCCGUUGUCGCCACCAGUUAGUGGACGAUGCUAUUGCCGUGAUAUGGUUCCCGAGUGAGAAGAAGGCAUUUGAUUUCUUCUCAAAUUCAUUCCGGAAUCGGUUCCGACAAGAGGGAUUCCCCUCCCCGCACGGAUGGGAGGGACACUUCAUUCCGCUGCUCAACCCUCCUUUCCUGAGGAACUUGGACACGUACAUGGUGAUUGAGAUUCUGAAUGCAGGCAGGGCUAAUCCGGAGAAGCAGCGCAGCAUUCAACAGUUCGAGGCCGAGACCAGACAGGCAAUCCUGCGCUACAUGCCAAACAGUAUCCCAUUCAUUGCUUCCGCGACAAAGGCACUUACCAGGGGCGAGUACUUCAAGCCAGGAACUCUAUGUAGAGAUAAAAGCAAGAUCUUCAUCAGCAGAUUCGACUCCAUGGCGGAGAUGUCCGAGCUCUGGUCUAGCGGUCUAAUCCAGGACGCCCUUCAUAAGGGAAACAUCACCGGCCCUGUGAACGUGUUUGCCUUCUCCCUCAAGGACUGGCAGGAUCACUGAGAAUGGCGACAAGCAGGGGCCAUGCUUAAAUAUCACAGAUAUACUUAAAAAAUACUUAAACUCAACUGAUUUCACUACAAAACCACCUGACACGAUUCAAAAUUGUAUAUGCUUUAUUCUUUUUAUUUAUUACUCAAGUUUAUUUUGUGAUCUUAAACUAUUUUUUAAGAUAUUGAGCGAUGAUAUGUGUCAACAUAUAAAUGAGAACGCGCUUUCAAGAAAACUAAAACACUCGUAAGAUUGAAUACAGUCUUGCUGUAAUGUAGGAAAAUGAGUCGAGCUUAAGAUUGGGUGAUGCUUUAAGUAUUUUCGUGAUAUUGGGGCCAUAUUUAGUUAAUCCUUGAGAAUGACCUUAGCAAUUUUAAAACCCUGUAUUGGACACGUAGUGUGAAAUUUUCCCUGAGAGGUGUUUUACGGUGAAAUAAGAUUUAUGUUACAUUUACUGAGUUAUGUUUUUUACUCGUUUGGUUCCAUUGAACUUUUUACAAACAUUCAUAAGACGUAACAUAAGUACAUGUAUAUGUGUAAAUUAAGAGAUGACAUGUCGUAAAAAAGAAAGUUUUACUACUAAAUACCCCUAUUUUUUUAGAAAAGAAAGUCAUAAUAAUUUUGAAGAUUGGAGUUGAAAGUAAAUAUGGACCCUGAAGACAUGCAUGACAACCGCAAAUGACGUAAAGCAGGCGGCCCCGCUCCUCUUGCAAUAGUGUGUAUCAGGGCUUGAAUUGGCUUGACGCAGAUAUGUUUUAAAGAUUUUUUCAGUUACUGUCCUUAAUCAUUUUUUUCCUCAUCAAAGCUGGAGCCGUGAUAGGUUUUCUACAAUGUCCUUCUUAUAUUUUUGUUUAAAUUUUGUGAUAUCUUUACCUUCUUUUAACAGUAGAUAUACAGUACAUAUAUCAAAUGCACAAAGUCAGUCGUAUGUCAAUAUAAUACAAAUAUGUCUAUGUACUCUAUUAGAAAAAAAUAAUCGAUUUAAAUAUAUAUUGGAUGAAAUUUCCUGUGACAUAGUAUGUUGAAUAUCUUAUAACGGACUUUAUCUCACUAAGCACAGAACCAAACGACUGUUGUUUUUUCUUAUUAUUAAUAUGAUUGACAUGUUAUAUUUGUACACUGUUUAUAUUGAUUCAUUUAAAUAUAUCGUAGCAAAAUGA